AUGAGAUCUCCAGAUGAUAAUUUUUUUGAUCUAUUUGAUUUCAAUAUUGAUUUUGAAACUGCAUAUGCUAUGAUCGAUGGCCCCAGUGUUACCACGCCGUCUACUACAGCUACCACAUCAAAUGGCCAUAUAAUUCACAGGGUAGGCUUGUUUUCGCCUAAUAGAACCUUCAACAAUAAUGAUGAUAAUGAUGACCAUAACAAUAAUACUACAUCAAUAAAUAUAACAAACAAAAACCCUAAUUCUAAUGUUAUUAACAAUCCUAAAACUGCAGAUGCCAAACCUGGUAGGAAAUUACUGGAUUCUCGAUCUAAAACGAUAAUCGACGCAAAUGCUUUGAAUUCUAGCCCAAACAAGAUAUCUGGUAAUGUUAACAUCAUCAAUAAUGGCGACAACGUAGACGAAGAUAAAUUAUCAUCUUUUUUUAGUACCAUAACAAGUGAUGAAGCAUUUACUCAGAGCAUAAAAAGUUUUUUUGAGGAUAUCAAUGAUGAAGAAGCAGAACAAGCGGAUGAUGAUUAUGAUGAUGAUGAUGAUGAUGAUGAUGAUGAUGAUGAUGGUGAUGAUGAUGGUGAUGAUGAUGGUGAUGAUGAUGAUGGUGAUGAUGAUAAUGAUGAUGAUGGUGAUGAGAUAGAGUAUACUCAUGAUAACUUUUCCGAAACACCCGAUGAGGAGCUUAAAACUCAUAAAAUAAAUGAAAGUGUUGAUAGUCAUAGUAUGGAUAAAUUAAAUCGUGAAACACAUGCACUAUUGGGCGAAACCAAAGACAUUCUUUUUAAUAAUGAUACCAACAAUAAUAAUACAGCGUUUCAAGAAAAUUUUAAAAAAAAAAAAGAUGCUAUAUCACAGAAAUCUUCAAUUCCUUUGGAAAUUGGUAAUAAGUUACAAUUUCCGCCACACACUCUAUUGAGUGUUAAUGAAUCUAAUGCAAUCGAGACAUUUUUAGAUAGUUUAGUCUCUAAUACCAGUAUUAAUAACAGUAAAAAAGAUACUACAACAAAGGUAGAAAAUACAGUGCACGAGACAAUGAAUUCUAGUAAUGCUAGUGCCGCUAAUAGUAAGCAAGAACAACCAACCACAUCUGAUAUUUUGGUUGCCGAUGUUAAUAAUACCGUUACAAAACCUCUGCGGAUUAAGUUGGAAUCGUUUACUGAACCGAAUUCCCCCACAGCUAUGUCGAUAGAAGAAUUGACUACCAAAUACCGGAAUAUAGUAGCCAAAUUAGAGGUACAAAAACAUAAACAUGUGAUUUCAGAACAAAAAAGGAGGAAAACUAUUAAAGAAGAUUUUGAAAUAUUAAAGAGCUUAGUACGAUAUCCCAGAAACUAUAAUUAUUAUACAACUACUGCUGCUUUUACGAAUAAUAAAGUCAUAAAAUCUACGAUGACUCAGUUAAAUCAAGAAAACACAAAAAAUAAAAAGAGGGUGCCGAAACAUCAAAUAUUACAAUAUCUUAUCCAGGAUAUUGAAAGAAUUAAAAUUGCCAAUGAUAUACUAAGAGGUUUACUUGUUGAUAUAAAAGAAAAAAAACAAUAA